CGAGGUGCGUAAUUAUAAUGAUGGCGUUUAUAUCAAUGAUGUUGAUGGUACUAAGUUUGGUAGUUGGGUCUGAAACGACGGAGCCCGAAUGUUCUACUUUCAACUACGAGGAAAAAAUGUUGGAAAAGAUGGUGAGGAAUGAAUUCAAAAUGGAGCAGGCGUUGUAGCGUAUAGAUGAUUUUGAAGGGCUAAUGCUCAGACAGAAUCGCACAAUUCAAGGCGCAAUUGGUACUUUAAAAGCAAUCGAAGCAAGGCUUGAUUCCAAACUGUCGAAGUCCUCAACUGGGGCAACAUAUAUUCGAUGGGGUCGUGCAUCGUGUCCUUUUUCGAACAACAGUCUCGUGUACCAUGGAUUCGCGUCGGGCACUGACCUUGCUAGCUACGGAGGGGCCGCGGAUUUUCAGUGUCUACAUGCCGAUCCUGAACUGGAAACUGUAGUCACAAGAGCUGACUAUAGAAGCAACAUAGUCGGGUCUGAGUACUCAUCACACGGAGCAACAGCCUUGUCUUCAUUGGCAGACUUCGAAGUGCCAUGCGCUGUUUGUUUCACGAAUGCUACAACAACCCUUAUGAUUCCAGCAAGAAAGACGUGUUACAGCGGAUGGAAACUCGAGUACCGCGGUUUCCUGAUGGCUGAGCGCGACCUUCAUCAUAACAACAAGCAAUAUACAUGUGUUGAUAAGGACGCCGAGGCAGCCCAAGGAAGUAGUUCAGCAAAUAUUGAUGGGGCGACUUUCCAAUUUGUGUUUCCGUCGUGUGGAACAUUGAAAUGUUCUCCGUACAACAGCGCAUCUGCACUUGCAUGCGUAUUUUGUUACAAAGUGUAGGACGCACAUGAUUUCCCGAAAUAAUAACAUGUAUAUUUCUCAUCGAAAAGUCAUAAGUGACAGCAUGAGACUCUAACUAUGUACUUGCAAAACUUUUACAGACAAUUAUCAGGUCGUGUAGGUGUGUUGGAACAAUAGCAAAUGUUAGUAAGAAUUUAUGCCUAUGAUCCGAACAAAAUGCCUUAUAGUCAUAUGAAAUGUUAUUUAAAAGAAAUAUUUUUAAUAUGAACGAAAAAAUAAAAUAUGUUAUAGUGAUUUUAACCGAUAAGACGACAUUAUUACUUUGUUUCUCCUGUUGUCGUUAAGGUCUGAUUAAUCGUAUAUUUAUGUUUUACUACGCUUUACAGCCUCCAAACAAUCCGUCUUGUGCCUAUAAAAUGACAUACUUUUCUAUAUAUAAUGUUCUCUUCAUUUUGACAAACACUUGUUAAAAAGCGUCUUCUUUAUAUUAAUGCAAAUUGUAGAGAAUUAAAGAACCCGUUUCAUUGUCAAUUACUUGUCAUAAUUUAAUCAUUUAAACCAUCAACUUCUGCAAGAUUUGUUUUGACAAAUAUAAUUGUUGUGACAAAAAAAUUAACCGUCCGGACGAGUCAGUAAUUUGAAAACAAGAAGGGAUCUAUAUUUAAAUAUGUCCCUGACACCAGUAGGGCGUAUAUUUAUGAAAUACAAGUCUUUUUAUUAUUACAAUUAUGUUUAACAAAUUUUCUGAGUAACAUAAUUUAGUUUAUAAAGUUAACGUUAAAAAUAAUCUGCAUUUGAAACAAUAUACACCACUGUUUAAAUCGCUCAUUUGGAAAAGAAUGCAUGUUGUCACUUUUUCAAUUUUAGAAAAUUGAUAUUUUAAAGAGUACAACGCUUUGUUUUAAAGUUUAAUGACUAAAACUGAAAGUGCUUUUUACAAAAUGUUAUAUGUUGAUGUUCAAUGUGUGUAUUGCCUUACUAACAAUAGCGUGUAAUUAUAUAUGAUACUAUAAUAUACACUUCUUUCGCAUAGUUGUAUAAUAAA